UCCAAAAAUAGUGAGAGAAGUCCUAUAAAACGGAAAACCCGGUGCACGCAGCCCGUCAGUCAGUGCGGCAAUACCCGGUGAAAAGUGUGCCAUUCGGUGUGGAAAUUCCUUUCCCUUUUUUGUUCUCGGUGAACUAGUGAGCUAGAAAGAUGUCCGUCGUGCCGAUGCUGUUCCGCGAUUGGUGGGAAGAUUUCGACACACCGCUCCGUUCGUCACGGCUACUAGAUCAGCAUUUUGGCACCGGGUUGCGUGCGGACGAUCUUUUCUCGUCCUUCCCGGCCCGGGCACCGCUGUCGUCGCCCUCCCUGCUUCGUGGUGGAUAUUACCGGCCGUGGCGUAACACUGCCCUCACGCGGCAAGAUUCCGGCUCAACGCUCAACCUCGACAAGGAUCGGUUCCAGAUCAUUCUGGACGUGCAGCAGUUUACGCCGGAAGAAAUCACCGUCAAAACGAGCGACCGCAGCAUAGUGGUGGAGGGAAAGCAUGAGGAGAAGCAGGACGAGCAUGGUUUCGUGUCGCGUCACUUCACACGCCGCUACAUGCUUCCAAGUGGCCACGAUCCGAACGAUGUUGUGUCGACCCUCUCCUCGGACGGUGUACUUACCGUGACGGCGCCGAAAAAGUCGCUCCCAGCCCCGAACCCGGAACGUAGCGUACCGAUCCAGCAGACGGGACAACCGUCGAAGGACAAGCAGGAGGCACAGCCCAGUGUCGAGGGAACGAAGUACCGUACGUGGUGGGACGAUUGGGACCUGCCGCUGUACACGCGCGUCCUCGAGAAGUCGAUCACGCAGGAGGUGCUCGGGUCGGACGACUUCUGGCGCGUGCCGCCGCUCGCUCCGGUCCGCUGGUCCAGCCUGUACCGGCCCUGGCGCUACUUCAGCCUGCGGGAUGUCGGCGCGAAGGUGGACACGGACCGCGAACGGUUCCAGAUCGAGCUCGAUGUGCAUCAGUUCUUGCCGCACGAGGUCACGGUACGCCGCACGGACAAGUACGUCACGAUCGAGGGCAAACACGAGGAGAAGCGGGACGAGCAGGGUUACGUGGCGCGUCAGUUCUCCCGCCGCUAUCUGGUACCGAUUGGCUAUGACGCGAACCUGAUCGUCUCGUCGCUCUCGUCCGACGGCAUCCUGACCGUUACUGCCCCGAGGAUCGGCCUGCCGGCCCCGAAAGUCGAAAAGUAUGUCCCGAUCUGGCACACCGUGACCAUUCGAACAGUGAAAAUGUCGAUCAUCCCGAUUUUCUUCCGCAACUGGUGGGACGACGAGUGGGACCGUCCGCUGUGGAGUUCCCGUCUGUUGGACCAGCACUUUGGCAGUGGUGUGACGGCGGAUGAUCUCCUGAACGCUCUGGCUUCGGUGACCGAUCGUCGUCUUCAGUCACAGUCCCAGCAACAGCUUGCCAGUCGUUACAAUCGCCCAUGGCACAGCUCCUGUUUGGCCAGCAAGCGAGACAGCGGAUCCACGGUGAACGUCACGAACGAUAAGUUCCAGAUCAACCUGGACGUGCAACAGUUCUCGCCCGAGGAGAUCUCGGUGAAGUACGUGGACAAUUUCGUUGUGGUGGAAGGCAAGCACGAGGAAAAGCAGGACGAGCAGGGUUACAUCUCGAGACACUUUGUCCGACGUUACAUGCUUCCCAAGGGCCACAAUGAGGCAGAUAUUGUGUCGUCGCUCUCGUCGGACGGUAUCCUUACCAUCAGCUGUCCCAGAAAGGAGAUCGAGCAGAAAAAGCCAGAGCGCAGCAUUCCCAUCACACAGACGGGACAACCGGUGAAGCAAGUGACGGAAAAGGCUGCGGAACAAAAUGGCCAAGCAGGCAAGAAGGAGGGCGAGACGAUGGAGUCUUGAAGGAAAAGCCAUUGAUACAUUUUUAAAUUGUGAAUAAGCAGCUCGAUUUAAGUAGCAUUUAAUAAAUUAUUGAUGGUUUUUUAAAA